AUGCUGGAAGUGACACCGCCAACGCGCAUACCCAUGUUCCCAGCGAACUACCGCGAGUUCCUGAUCGCUCCCGCAGCGCCACGUGUGCCCACGGCACUACAAACCCUGCAACCCGGCGAGAUCUUCCAGCUUGCCCAACCCAAGUGGCCGAUUGCACACACUCAGCCCUCGUUCUACGCCCUCGCACUCACCACCAUCGUCGCCGCAUUCUUCCUCCUCGCAUUCAAAGACGUUGCGGCACUGAUCAACUACGAGCUGCGCACUCGCUUGCGGAUCCCGGGCAACCCGGUCGUGGGAACGGUCCUGGGACUGUUGGCUGCAACCAUGCUCUGCAUCACCUACGAGAACGAUGUUAGGAAGCGCAGUGGGUACUAUCCCGAGGGGGCGGAUCCGAGACAGAUGGUGUGGCUCAGUGGUGGCGCGACCGUGUGCGCGAUUCUUUGGGCGAGUAGCACGUUUCAGUCGCCGAUCAAGGCCAGAGACGAGCAGACCGAAAAGAAGGUAGUGGAGGAGAAGGUGGAACAGAGAGGAUCGAGAAGGUCGUUGAAGAAGCAGGCGAAGCGCGAGGCCAAGAAGAUCUCCGCCAAGCAGGAGUAG